AUGCCAGUCGAGAUCUUUCUCUCUUCGAGCGACGAGUCGAGCAGGGGCGAACCCAUCAUCGUCUCCGACACCUCUGAGGAAGACGCGCCCUCGCCCCCUCUCGCCAACCCAGCUCCACCUCCCUUCCCUCGCCUCGCCUCCCGCAAAAUCGCCUUUGGCGCGUCCACCCACCCUCAUCCGCAGAAGAAGAAGCGCAAGCUACUGAAGAGUCAGGUACCGGUUUCGCCGAAGCAGGAGAGGGUGGUUACGAGUCGAAGGAUUGUCAAGGUUAAGAGGGAGGACGCGGAGGAGGAUGGACUGGGAGGGCAGAGGUUGCCGAGAAGGAGGUUAACGGGCAAGUAUAGGGAUCCGUUGCUGGAGGAGAUCUCCUUGCCCUUCUCCCUUUCGCUCCGACUGGAGGAGAUUCGUCUAAACCUGCAGAACGCCCCUGCACGGCCUGUCAUCAGAACAGCGCUUGCCUUCCGCCAUGUCACCCAGUCCGCCAAGACUGCUCUGCGCGGCCCGUCCGCAACAGUUUCCAUUCCUCUUCGCCCGCCUUCGUCCGGUACCAGCAUGACGAGCACCGCGAUACCUUCCCCUCUGUCUCUCCGCGUCGUCCGCAACCCUGCCAUCCCGAUCAAAACGCCAGACCCAGCCUCGCUCGACUACCGCCCGCCCGACAACCUCGGCGAACUCGCCGAAGUCCUCCUGCUUCUCUCGAUCCGUGACGCAGCCUUGCCGUCCACCGGCGAGCCAUACUACACCGUGACGCUGCCGAUCAGCAAAGACCGCCGCUUCCAGCUUUCGGGUGAACGGACGACGAAGCGAGCGGCAGACGGGACGCAGGUGACAGUGAGCUGGAAGGCGGAACUCGAGCGGGAAGGGUAUGGGUAUGCGGAGCCGACGGAGGAGGAGAUCGAAGUGUUUGUGGAGAGGGAGAUGAAGGUUGUCGAGCAGGAGUGGCGGAGGGAGGUGGCUGAGCGAGCGUUGGCUUCUGCCGCUCUCGAAGCACAAGAUCCGCCCGCAUACGGUCCGCCGGCCAACCUCGUGCUCGACCCAACCGCUCCGUCUCCUUCCUCCCUGAUUCCCGGUCUCGCCGAUCCUUCGCCUCGUCUCCAAAAUUCAUCACCGUCUUUCGCGCCAGUCCCUCGCUACUUCUACACCGCCUUCGCAACUCACGGCGUCCCGCUCGUCGGCAACUUGCUCGAGACGUUCCCGUUCCUCCCGUCGUGGGAAGACUCGAAGACGACGAACGCGGACGUGGUCGAGAAGGUGCAGAACGUGCUUAAUCCGCCAUCUGAGGUGGAGGAGGAGAUGAAGGAGCGCGAGAAUGGCAGCGAGAAGCAGGGAAACGCGGAGCGGCACGAGACGCAGAGCGAGCACCAACGGCGGGAGGAAGAGGAGCAGAGGAGGAAGCUGUACGAGUACCGGAUAGCGACCAUGAUCGACUAUGGCUCGUUCGACGCUCCUGACGUCGGCCGCACCUCCCGUGACUUCGAAGUCCUGCGGCGACUGCUGCACUUCCUCCAGGUCGAUCUUGAGGAAGUCGCCGAACUCGAGGCGGAGGCUGUCCGAGACGGUGCGGCAGACCCGCAUCACUUCGCCUUCGAACGCUCGCUCUCACCCGACCACGUCCUGAUUAAGGCUCUCGACGUAUACCAGCGGCGGACCGGUCGAACGGCCUGCACCGUCCAGCGCGACCACCGCCUAAUCAGUGACGAAGAGCUUGUCCCGCAGCCGGAUCCACUCGACAUCUGCUACCUCUGCGGCGCGUUCGGCUGCAUCCUCCACGCUAAUCUCAUCGCGUACAACCGGCCGACCAAGCCUGCGAAGGACGUGCAUGUCCAGCAGAAGGGAGGAUGUCGAGAUUGUGGCUACCGAAGAUGCAAGGCGCACGACAAGGCGGAGCAGACGAUGCCAACCGAAGAAGACCUCGAAAAGGAGCAGAAGCUGUUCGACCUGCCUCCGAUCGACGCCUGCACGGCCGCCCUCAUCCUCGAAAGACCGGUCUCAGAUCCCGUGCUCUUCCGCCCUCCUCCACCAGCGCCAAUUCCGAAACCUCGCGGCCGACCAUGGGAGCACAUGAAGCUCAUUCCCAUCGACUCGGAAGGCUACGUACCAUGCGAUUGUCGAGACAAGUGCGGCGACAACUGCGGAUGCGCCGGCCAGGCGACUUUCUGCGACCGCUUCUGCAACUGCCCGCCCAGCUGCCCACGAAGGUACGGUGGUUGCCGCGACCACUUGUGCUCGAAGGCGGAGAAAUGCUGGUGCCGCGACCUUAGCCGCGAGUGUCAUCCCGAGGUUUGCGGCUGUCCGUCCUCGUGCAGCAAUAGCAAGAUCCGCCUUCAUCAUCAAAAAGCUACGACGGUCGCUCGCUCGCAGAUCGAGAGGGGCGGUUACGGUCUCGUCCUCCUUGAGCCGGCCUCGCAGGGCGACUUCAUCGGUUUGUACGGCGGCGAGCUCUUCCCGCAGGGGAUGACCGACGAGGUUGAGCCGCAGUCGAUCGAGAGCCGCUGGGGUACUUGGAAAGGCGCUUUCGCCGAUCUGCAUCCAGUCAGCUACUGGUUCGACGUCGACAAGUCGGACGCGAUCGACAGCGCCGUGCUUGGCAGCGGGAUGCGGUUCAUCAACCACGACCCGAAGCGGGCAAAUGUCGUGCCGCAAGUCUGGAACAUCGCCGGUACGCACCAGGUCGCGCUGUACGCCACCAACACGCUCAAGCCGGGCGACGAGCUCUUCAUGGAUUACGGCGCAAAGUAUACGGAGAGCUGGAGGAAGGACGGAGAGUCGUAG